CCGAUGAACCUGACCGUUACUGACAUCACGGAUGAAGGGUUCAACGUCACCUGGUUGCCCUCUCCUGACCCUGACCUUCAGGGGUACGGUGUCGUGGUGUCUACGUUAGACGGAGUGACGGCUGUCAAUCAGAGCACGUAUCAGUCAUGGCUUCAGGUGGUGGGACUGACACUGGAAACUGAUUACAUCAUCAGGGUGACGGUGUUGGUUCUGUCCGGUGGGCUCUGGUCACAGAGCAAUGUCACAACCACCGAAGCUACCACAAUAAUGAGCUCCUCUAGAGAGCUGGAGUUCGUUAACGUAACCGAAACGACGUCCAUGCUGAGGUUCACCUGGGAGCCCCCCGAUGCGGUUGUGACAGGAUACCGCAUCAUGUACGGACAGGAGGAGGCGACAGAACAGCUCCACCCCUCCCCGGGUCCAGGAGAGAGAUCUGCCCUGAUCGUCGCGCUCGAGCCAGACACCAUGUACAAGGUGGAGAUCAUCACCAUCGGGCGUCGUCGAGAAAGCCUGUCGCUUGCCGGGCAGAAUGCGACAGAGCCCGACGAAUGUGCGACACUGAAUGCUUUCUGUGACCAGAUCUGCACCAACGUCCCCGGGAGCUACAGGUGCUUCUGUCAGCGGGGCUUCGUGCUGAUGCCAGACGCCCAUGGCUGUCGAGCUGUGGAGCCGCCUAGCGACCUGUCCGUUUCUGACAUCACGGAUAAAGGGUUCAUGAUCACGUGGUCUCCUGACCCUGACCCCGACCUUCAGGAAUACCGAGUUGAGGUGUCGAAGAUUGACAGGACGACAGCUGUCAAUCAAAACACGGAGGAGACAUCGUUUCAGGUGUUGGAUCUGUCGCCGGAUUCGGAUUACGUCAUCCAUGUGACGUCACUGUUCUUGACGGAUGGUUGGCCGUCACAGAGCGACACGACUGUCAUACACACAUCCACAGAGAUGAGCUCCUCAACAGACCUGCAGUUCGUGGAAGUGACCGAGUCCAUGCUGAGGUUCACCUGGGAGCCCCCCGAUGCGGUUGUGACCGGAUACCGCGUCAUGUACGGACAGGAGGAGGCGACACAACAGCUCCACCCCUCCCCGGACCCGGCAGAUAGAUCAGCCGUCAUCCGGGGACUUCAGGCACGCACCAUGUACAAGCUGGAGAUCAUCACCAUCGGAGCGCACCGACAGAGCGAGCCUCUAAUCGGGUAUGAAGCGACUGGUAAGUACAUGACGACAACUGUUUCCACCGACCGAACAAGUCUGAUGACCACGUUUUUCAUCAGCCUACUAACUUCAACUAUACCGGCUGGGACAUCGGAAACUACAUCUACCCGGGAGCUGCUGAAUCUCGGUGGCGACCAAUUGGACGAUGACGAAUCCGAAGACGACUCCUUGGCUACAACUAGUACAGCUACUACACUUGACGCGAACAGAGAAGGAAUCGAGCAAACCAGCACAAUCUCGCCUGUAGGCAGCAAGACAACGCCAGCAGACCAGCUGCAGGCACCAGACAACAUCCUGGAGAGCAUCUAUGCAGACGCCAUCUCCCCCAACCCACAGGACGUGCUUCAGAGGCUGGCUCAAAACAUUGCCGAUGACCCUGGAGGUUCUGUUGAAUUGGAACAGCCGACGUCAGCUGCCGAAGAAAAGUCACAGAACACAGCACUAGGUGUUCUCAAGUCCAUCACCAGCCAACUUAACAAACUGGACAUGUCUGACCCUUCGACUAUCGAGUCUGUGGGAGGAUCUCUGGUAGAGUCCGUGGCGACCCUGCUUUAUGAACCAGAGGAAGAUUCAGAAGGGGAUGGCGGGAAUCUCCAGUCGUAUCCGGUAGAGGACGAUACUGUCUCCCCAGAGGAGCGCGCUCAGAAGGCAAAACAAAAGGAGGACGAACAUCGAGCUGAGAAGGAAAGUAUGGUCCAGAAGAGUCACCAGGUCCUAGAUGACCUGUUCAACGCCAUUACCGACCCCAUGAUGCCUGGCGCCCCGCCGGUAACCCUGGACAGUACCAGCCGCGGCGUCACGCUGCGGGCCCAGAAGAUUUUCGGCGCCAAAUCUGGGAGCCAGGUGGUGCAGACGGAGGAUGGGGGGUUCCAAUUCCCAUCCCAAACUGCACUUUUCCCGGAAAAUCCACCUCACAACAUCACCGUAAAGCUGACGCAGUACCAACAGAACCCAUACACCUGGGGACAUGGGCAUUACCAGGCACGCUCGUCUGUCAUGGAACUGACGCUUCACCGCAAAUAUUACAAACCCUUGGUCUUCAAGAACCUCACUCAGGACUUCAUUAUCACAAUUCCCGGCAAGUCCGCAAACAAACCCGCGACAAAAACCAUCACCUACCCUGUGCCAGGAAACAGAAGUUCGAGCUACCAUUUGCUGAACCUCAACAACAGCGCAGAAGCAUUCCUGGUUACCAUCACCCCGCUGAACUCGAGUGUGGUGUACGGCGUGUCAGGCAGGUACGGCGGCCGCCCUGAUGAUCAGAACUACGACGUGUACAUGGAGACGUACGUUCUUCCCGAGCAGUGUUCCCUGAUGGAGACCCUCCUUGGUGAUGGACAUGACACCGACAAGACAAAGGCAAAAAUGUUCAUCAGAGGAACUACAGAUCCAGCAGAUUACUACGUCAAAGUCCAAGUGCGAGGGCCGACGACCGAGUGCGACAUCAGUAAUCGAACGGAUGAGAAGAAUUCACACAGCAAUGACUUUUACUCCUACCGGAUCGAGUGGGCACGUCUGACCUGCGUCUUCUGGAGCAUGCAGGAAGACUGGAGGACCAACGGCUGCACGAUUAGCGAUCAGUCCACCUUUACCAGCGCCAUCUGCCACUGCAACCAUCUGACAGCGUUUGGAAGUGACUUCGCCACACCGCCGGACACGGUUGACUUCGGGUUGCUAACGCUCAGAGAUUUACAUGACAACGGCGCGGUUUUGACAACAAUCUUCGUGGAGUUCUGCCUCUUUCUGCUCGCAUUGGUCAUAACGAAGGUUAUUGACCUCAGAUCAACGAGGAAGAAAACCCCUUCACUCAAACUGGACGACCUGCAGAGCGACUUUCGGUACCGCCUCCACAUUUGGACAGGCGCUGCUAAGCAUGCUGGGACGGAGUCCACCGUUGCCUUCAACCUGUUGGGAGAUGCAGCAAACUCCGGUGUGAGAGUAGUCAACAUCGCACAGAAGGUUUUUACCCAAAACAGUCAGGUGACUCUGACCUUCAGCACAGCAGAACAGCUGGGUAACGUGGAGCUGCUGCAGCUCAUGCACGACGACAGUGGGGAGGGGAGCCGCGCAUCGUGGCACGUGGACCGAGCAGCAGUGCAGGAUCUCACCACUAAGAGAAUGGCUUAUUUCUUCUGUGGAGAGUGGCUGGCAGGUGACCGCGGGGACGGGCAGGUCGUGAAGACCUUUCCUGUCGCCUCUGAGGAGGACCUGCGAUCCUUCGGGUUCCUGUUCCCGGCGUGUCUGCGGAGUAAUCUGACUGAGGAACAUCUCUUCCUGUCCGUCGCUAUCAUGCCUGAAGGAAGCUCAUUUACCCGCAUUGAGAGACUUGGCUGCUGCCUGAGUUUCCUCACCGUGUCCAUGGUGUCCAGCGCCAUGUGGUUGACCAAUGGAGACGAAACCCAGGUUGUACAGGCCAUCAACUUCGGCCCGUUCUCCUUCACCUUAAACACAGUUUACACGGGGAUCAUGACCAGUAUCACCUGUCUUCCCGUUGUCAUGGCAAUAGUUCUGCUAUUCCAGUACAGCCGACCGAGCAACAAGGGCGACCGCCGGGUCAGAGACGUGGAGACAGCCGACUCAGCUGAGGCACCCACACAGAAACGACCAGCCAAGGGCCUGCCACAUUGGUGCAAGUACGUGGCCUGGGUGCUGGUGGUGCUGUCAUCCCUGGGGUCAGCUGUCUUCACUAUCCUGUACAGUCUGGAGUGGGGCAAGGAGAAGUCCGAGAGGUGGCUGUCUAUGUACUUCAUCACCUUUCUGGCGGACAUCGUCCUUCUGCAACCUGUGAAGAUAUUGGUUCUUGCGAUCAUCUUUUCAGCGAUUUUCCAAAGACAUACCAUGAAGCUGAUCUUUGAAAACGAGGGCGAGACUGUUUCCUUGGCUUCACAAAAGCGGACGGGGUUCGAUUGCAGUCGAUUCCGGGUUAAGAAGAAAAUGGAAAGACUUUCCGAAGUGUCCCUUGCGAACGUUGAUGGUGCAAGAAAGAAGCGAAACAGAGACCGGAGAAUCGGAGACGUUAUUUGGGACAUCAUCCGGUCUUGUGCUCGUCUCCUGCUGGCCCUGACCAUCAUUAACGCACACCACAACAUCAACCCGGCCUUCUAUCAGACACAGAGCGCAGCCGACAACUUCGUGCAGUCUAUAGAUGAGGUGACGGAGCCCACUGGCCUCUGGUCCUGGCUGAACGAGACCGCCAUGGAGGCCUUCUACCCGGAGACAACCUACAAUGGCGCCGAGCCCCGCUGGUGGGAGAAGGUAUUCACCGCUGACAGGCAGUCGGUCCUCGUCGCUCCACCUAGUCUGAUACAAGCUCGAGUAAAGUCAGGGCUGUGUAGUGUGCCUGCGGCAAUGCCGUACAUGUUUGAUUGUACAGCGGCGUAUGAUGAAAACACAAAGGAGACCGGAGUGUUUCAGAAGGGGUGGAAAAGGGUCACCAAUAUGUCGGAGGUACAGUCAGAAGCCCCUGGAUGGAGCCACCGCCUCAGUCAUUACACAAUCAAACCAGUCUUCGGUGUGAUGUCGCAGUACUGGGGAGACGGCUUCAGUCUGGACCUGGGGAAAUCUGCAGACGAAAUGAGCAGCAUCCUCACGGACCUGAAGGCCAAUGAGUGGAUCGACAAGCAGACAAGGGCCGUCCUUUUGGAACAAAUUGUCUAUAACGGAAACCUGGAUAUGUUCACAUCUGUGGCGGUGGUGUUUGAAUUUACUGAGAUGUACGGAGUUUUCACCCAUCGUCAUCUGCACACCUUCCGGCUUCAUCAACAGCAGGGGACGAUCGGGUACAUCUAUGUCCUGAUGGAAAUCACUUACGUCAUCAUUCUCCUCUACUCACUGUGGAAAGAGGUGAAAACUGCGCGUGCAGGCGGCACGGCCUACCUGAAGAAGCCAUGGAAUAUUUUCGAAAUCGUUAAUUUCCUCUUGGCAUUCACUGCCAUUGCCUUGUACGCCACUAACAGAGCCUAUGGUUCGAAGGUCCUGGCGGCUUCCCAGCAAGGGAAAGAUCAACUCCAAUAUCUCAGAUCUGUGGUGAACAUCAACCUGAUCUAUGGAUGGCUGCUGUCUUUUCUUGCUUUCUUCAACAUCAUGAAGCUCCUGCGGCUGUUGAGGUUUAACCCACUCCUGUCCAAGCUGAUGUCCGUGUUCCGGGGAAUGGCGGUGGAGUUCUCGGCCUUCAUCCUCUACUUCUUCCUCUGCUUCUCAGGAUUUGGCAUGAGCGCUUAUCUCAUGUUCGGUACCACAGCAACAACGUACAGAUCCAUCAGCUCUUCCUUCUCCACGUUGUUCCAGAUGUCUCUUGGGCUCUUUGACUACACAGAGCUGUGGGAGGCAAACCCAAUCCUCGGUCCCAUCUUCUUCAUAACGUUCAUUUGCUUCAUGUUCCUGGUGCUGAUGAACAUCGCCAUGGCGAUCAUCGACACAGCACUUCCCGAUGUGCGGGACCAUGUCAUGGCUGAGGAGGACCGUUUGCUUCUCGAGGGCUUAUGGGAGCGCUUCACCUCCCUGUUUGGGCUUCAUCAAGUGCCAGUCACAGAUGUGGACACCGUGGAUAGGCUCCAUGACAGCCUUAUCGAGGUUGAGAUCCAAGUUGAGCGGCUGUGGCUGAAGAGACAGUCACUUUUCAACUGCAGGAUAAAGAAUGCGGACCUCCCUGCAGAACCUGACUUCGUCCCACCAGUCACGAAUGUCUUCGAGGAUGCAGCUGAGAAAUCUCAGGCUCCUGGAGGAGACCUUCCGGUCAUUGUGAUCCGCCCUGCCUCCCACACAAACCGCGCAGUGAGCGGGUCCGAGAAGAACACACCGGCGGAGGCGGCUGCAAGUCCAAGUGACCGCUACGAAGAAGGAAACUCCACAGAGGACAAAGAGUCGGUUUCCCGUGCCAGUCAGUUUUCUACAGCGGCGGAUAAACAGCAAGAAGCCAUCGUAUCUGAAGUGGGAAAUCUCGAAAAAGUGGACAUGCCCUCUAGCAAUAAGGGGGAUGAAAGUGUUGAAGGCAAUGUUGCUCAACCCCUCGCCCAGAUGCUAACAUACAACCAGAUCCAGGCUGCCCAGAGCCUGCUCCGGUGCCAGUACCCGGCACUCCAAGGGCUGGAGGACCCUUCAAUCAGUCUCUACGAGGAUUUAGGAUUUGCAAAGAUGAUUAAAAAGGGGCUACAAAUCCACCACAGCGGUAACAUGCACUGGGUUCUGUCGUCUUACACAGACGGACAGGUGUGCCUGUAUGACAACCUUGGCGUCGCCAUGACCACAUCUCUGCAGGUUCAGCUUUGUCAGUCUUACGCCGCGUUUGCUGACUCGGAAACAAACGUCCUGGCCGUCCAGUUACCGGAGGUACAGCAUCAAUGGAAUGACAACGAUAGUGGGCUGUUCGCCAUCGCCUGGGCAGUGGACAUCGCGGAGGGGCGAGACGUGAGAAUGGUUGUGUAUGACGACAAGAAGAUGAGUAGCCAUUUGGAGAUGUGCUUCAAAGAAGGGAAACUCACACCGUUUCCUCGUCUGACCAGCCUCAGAAAGAAGGUCGGCCCAAACAAUGCACAUCAGAUCUCACUGGUUUGCCACUGCGAACAAGUUGGGCGUCUUGGAAGGAUGGAAAGGUGCAAGGCAUGCCGGAGGAUCUUUCAUGUCAGCUGCCUGGGAGCUAGCCCUCCUCGAGGUGGCACGUGGGCGUGUGGCGACUGCACCGUUUAG